AUAUUGACCUCAAGGUGCUCGACCGCGCGCGCCGCCAUGGCCUCCAUCUCCGCCGCCGCCAAGGCCUCCGCCGCCUUCGCCCACAAGCACGAGCUCGCCGCGGCGGCGCCGACGCAGCAGCGGCAGUUCGCGAGCUCGAGGAGCCGCCGCGCGCGGGGCGGCUGCGUCCGCGCGGUCGCCACCCCCGCCCAGGCGCCGCGCGCCCCCGCGGCCACCGGCUCCGUGAAGACCCCGAUGACCACCACGGAGAAGAUCCUGGCGCGGGCGUCGGAGCGCGCGAGCCUCGAGCCCGGCGAGAACGUCUGGGUGGACGUCGACGUGCUCAUGACGCACGACGUCUGCGGCCCCGGCACCAUCGGGAUCUUCAAGCAGGAGUUCGGGGAGGACGCCAAGGUCUGGGACCGCGAGAAGGUCGUCAUCAUCCCCGACCACUACAUCUUCACCAGCGACGAGCGGGCCAACCGGAAUGUCGAUAUCCUCAGGGACUUCUGCGCCGAGCAGAAGAUUAAGUACUUUUACGAUAUCAAGGACCUCAGCGAUUUCAGAGCAAAUCCAGACUACAAAGGUGUUUGCCACAUUGCGCUUGCCCAAGAAGGUCACUGCAGACCAGGCGAGGUUCUCCUUGGUACUGAUUCCCAUACAUGCAAUGCUGGAGCCUUUGGCCAAUUUGCAACUGGGAUUGGAAACACUGAUGCAGGAUUUGUCAUGGGAACUGGGAAGGCUCUUCUCAAGGUGCCUCCAACUAUCAGAUUUGUAUUAGACGGAGAAAUGCCACCGUUUUUACUUGCGAAGGAUCUGAUUUUACAAAUUAUUGGCGAGAUAUCUGUAUCUGGUGCAACAUACAAAUCAAUGGAGUUCGUUGGAUCAACAGUAGAAAGUCUAACUAUGGAAGAGCGAAUGACACUCUGCAACAUGGUUAUUGAAGCUGGUGGAAAGAAUGGUGUCGUGCCUGCUGAUGCAACUACAUUUAAGUACCUUGAGGGUAAGACAUCUGUCGAAUAUGAACCUGUUUACAGUGAUGCUCAGGCCAGAUUUGUUAGUGACUACCGGAUUGAUGUAUCCAAAUUGGAGCCAGUAGUUGCCAAGCCACACUCGCCUGACAACCGUGCUCUAGCAAGAGAAUGCAAAGAUGUCAAGAUUGACCGAGUUUAUAUUGGUUCUUGCACUGGUGGUAAGACUGAGGAUUUCCUUGCUGCUGCGAAAGUGUUCUUAGCUUCAGGCGGAAAGGUUAAGGUUCCCACUUUUCUUGUUCCUGCAACACAAAAGGUAUGGAUGGAUGUAUAUGGCCUCACCGGCAUCACCGUUCCAGGAUCUGGUGGCAAAACUUGCCUCCAGAUAUUUGAAGAGGCUGGUUGUGAUACACCAGCUAGCCCUAACUGUGGUGCAUGCUUGGGUGGUCCUCGCGAUACAUAUGCUCGCAUGAAUGAACCUACGGUCUGCGUGUCGACGACAAACAGGAACUUCCCAGGCAGGAUGGGACACAAGGAAGGGCAGAUCUACCUGGCCUCCCCCUUCACCGCCGCCGCAUCAGCCUUGACCGGAUAUGUGGCGGACCCCAGGGACUUCCUGGUGUAGUGACAUUGGAACAGUGGAUCGGAUUGGAGCUACUUGCUGAGAUACCGUGCGUUGCGGAUUGUUCUGUACCAAAAUAGGUCUCUGUUUUUACUGUGCUUGAAAGCCUAGUUUUAGAUGCUGAGAAAUAAGUUACUUUCCAAGUAGCAGUUGUAACUGGGAGAGGUUUUGAGAUGUACUGUGAUUUGGUGACUUGCACUACCGAGUGUACUAUCAUGUAUAAACAUCAGUGUUACAGCGUCA